AUGCGGUGUACUCCAGCUACGACUGGCUACAGUAUUUGCACGAAAUUUGGUAAAGAUGUCGAGGAAAUUGGUGACACGGUGGAAUGCUCAGCAACGAUCGCUUGUCCUAGUGAAAAGAAGUGCAUCUAUAGUGAAUCGAAGAAGAAAAACAUUUGCGUUGAGGCGAUGGAAGUUUCACAGCCACAAGAACUGGAAGAAGAGCUCAGCCCUUUGGCAGCUCUGAUGGCUAGCAGAGACGAAAUAAACUCCGUUGAUUCAAUGAAGGAUGAUGAAGAUAGCAAUGCUUCGAAAGGUUGGUUCAUAUCU